GAUCGUCGCUCAUGACAGAAAACGAUGGCAAGCCCCUUUAAGGCUGUAACACCAGUCGCAUCGAUCUACUCUCGGAAUCUUCUGACGGCAUAUCUGAGAUCUCAUGCUUACUCAGAUUCUGUCUUUUCUAGAAGGAUGACUGGCUAGUAUUUGUGUUACCAUCUCUGUCGCCUCUCAAAUGCACAAAAUCCUCGCUCUCUGUUCAACGUCACUGCAUGAUAGAUCCCUGCCGGAAAAAAAGGCCGUUGUGUUGGUAGUGAGGGGAAGUCUCCAUCCUCCAGAUUUUACCCCAUUCAUAAAUUCAUGCUAUGAUCCACUGGUCUUUUUUCAUCUCGUCGUUGCGUAUGUCAUGCCCGAUUCUGCGGGAAUUUCCCCUUGCUCAUAAUACCUACCUGCUGCCAUCAGACGAUUCUGUAAUCUAUCUUCUUAUUCUUGCUUCGAAUCUGCUCACAGUUGCGGCCCUGGCAAACCCACAAUCAUGGACGACGGCAAAGCAGAAAUGAUCGAAAUGGAUGGGACCGGCCACUCAACCCCAGUGAAUGGGGCAGCGAAUGCAAAUGGGAUUGUUGAGAAAGAUCACGCUCUCGGUGAUAGCAGCCACCUCGAGGGCGGACUCGUGGAUGGCCUCACUGCAGAACAUCGAGAUUACCUGAUCUCUCGCCAUGGCACCACAGAUCUCAACCCGCUUCCUACCAUGGAUCCGGCAGAUCCACUCAACUGGCCUGCAUGGAAGAAAAAUACCAAUCUGCUACUGGUCUCUUUCCACGCCAUGAUCACUACCUUCACAGCCGCAGCCGUGAUCCCAGCUUUCGAAACAUUCUCCAUCGAUUUUGGCAUCUCCAUCACGCGCGCCUCGUACUUGACCAGCAUCCAAAUCUUGAUCUUGGGUUUUGCUCCAUUGUUCUGGAAACCUAUCUCGAAUCGUUUCGGUCGGAGACCAAUCUGGCUAAUCUCAACGUUAUGUUCGAUGGUGUGUAACAUUGGUUGUGCGGAAAGUCAUAGCUAUGCUAGUCAAGUGGUUACCAGAUUAUUGGUUGCUUUUUUCAUCAGUCCUGCGAUUGCGAUUAGUAGCGCGGUUGUGACGGAAACGUUCUUUGCAAGGGAGAGAGGGCAGAAGAUGGGGAUCUGGACUUUGAUGGUUACAUUAGGACCACCAAUGGGACCCUUCCUAAUGGGCUUCGUAGCCUUCCACACCAACGGUUACGAAUGGAUCUACUGGACCCUCGCCAUAACCAACGGCGUCCAAUUCAUCCUCUACUUCUUCCUCUCCCCCGAAACCCUCUACGUCCGCAACCGCGCUUCCCCCAACACAGCCUCAACCUCCGCCUUCAAACGCCAAUACCUUAACUUCGGCCGUCUCGGCCCGCACCCCCUUUCCCUCGCCGACUUCUGGACCCCCAUCAAAUUCUUCGCUUACCCAAAUAUCCUCCUGCCUACUAUUGCCUACAGCAUCGUAUUCAACUUCUCCUCCGUCCUCCUCACAGUCGAGAUCCCCCAACUCUUCACCCCGAAAUUCCACUUCAACGCCCAGCAAAUCGGCCUCCAAUUCAUCGGCAUGAUCAUCGGUUCCGUCCUCGGCGAGCAGCUCGGCGGCCGCGGCUCAGAUUUCUUCAUGCGAGGGCGUCCCAAGAGUCCUGAGCAUCGAAUCUGGGUUUCCUACCCCGGGUUUCUUACCGUGAUUAUCGGUAUUGUGGUGUUUUGCGUGCAGACGCAGAAUUUGCAGCACUAUAAUGUCACCCCGAUUGUCGGGAUCGCUAUCUCGGCGUUUGGGAACCAGAUUAUUACGACGGUGUUGGUGACGUAUGCGGUGGAUUGCCAUCAUGAGCAUGCGGCUAGUAUUGGUGUUUUUAUUAAUUUGGUGAGGAGUACGUGGGGGUUUAUUGGUCCGUUUUGGUUCCCGAAUAUGUUUUCGUCGUUGGGGCUUAAGGGGUCGGCGGGGUUGAUGGUGGGCAUUAUUGUGGUGGUUGCGGUGGUGCCGGUGGUGUUUAUUCAGUGGAAGGGGAGGGCGAUUAGGGAGAGGAGGGAGGAUAAUGAGUUGGAUCAGGUGAGGACUAUUACGAGGUGAUGUUGAUUUGUUUGGGAGGAUGAAUUUGCUCGGAAUAUGC